UUUUUGGCUGCACUCUAUCAUAUAAAACCCUUGAAACCCAUUCAUAAAGAUCGCUUCAAUCGAAAGGGAAAAAAAAUGAAGAAGGUGAUUACCAAUUAAAAGAAGAAAAAACCAACCCAACUGUUUGUUUCUCGGGAAUCUGAACGGGAAAAGAAAAGGGUUUAUUUUUUGUAUUUGGCUUAGCUUUGGAAGCCAUGAACUCUCACGUGCUGCCCGGCAACAACCAGAACGAGUCAUGGACGGACGAGAAGCAUGUGCGUUUCUUAAACUCCAUGGAAGCAUGGUUCGUCCGUACAAUGCUAGAGAACAACGAUCUUUAUCAUCUUCGUCUCGACCGUCACCUUCCCGACAGCUCCGAGUCUACUCUCGACUGCAAACGACACAAUGUCCAGUCCAGAAGAAAACAUGCUUCUUCAGAUUCCAUUAUCACAACAAGAAGCAAAAUGAAAGUCAAGACUGAUAAAAGAUCAAAGAGACCAUCAUCAUCAUCACAACCGCAGCGGUAUGAUUCAUCAGAAGAUCAGGUGGUCCCGGAGAUCAUAAACAGAACAGAUGAUGAAGAUGGUGAGAAAAGAUCUUUUCCCAGCAAACUAAUAUUAAAAAAAAAAAAAAGAUAAAAUCUUCUUUGAUUUGGGACCCUUUUUUCUAUUAAUUAAUUAUUUCUUUUUUUAUUUCGUUGUGUUGCAAUGUAGUGGGUUUUUUUAGUAGAAUAGUCGCAGAGAGUUUAAUUUGUGUGUGUAUGUACACUCUUUGAAUAAUAUUUGGAUUUUCUUUUGUAA